GGAGGUCGUGUGCUGUGCACAAGGUACCCCUGGCCUGCUGGUGCGCCGUAGAGGGGCUCCACUGUUCCUGGAACGGGUUGCAACCCCCAAAACGAGUGCAGUCUCGGGGACUGGAAGACGAGCUGCAGACUGGAAAGGGCCAAGCGGGAUACGGAUACACAUCAGUGCGGAGGAGUAACUGGCGUCCAGGUCCUGCAGCUCCUGGGCCCAGAACAGUGUUCCAGCAGGCGCCGAGGGCAGCGCUCGCUCCGCGGCUGAUUUUUGGUCCAAUUGGUUGGAGUUGGACAGAGCCAAAGCCAAAAGAACCAGGAAUCAGCUUGCAACACCAGAACAGGCUACAAAAAACACAGGUGAAAUUUUUGCAAAUCUUCAAUUGACAACGACAGCAGCAACAAAAACAACAACAGUACCUAAUCAAACUAGAUCAAUUCAGAAUGGCCGAGCACAAGCCAUCGACUUCGUGGCCCCACCGGAUGAUGAGCUUCCAGUGCCGGCAGGCGGAUCUGAACCGGCUGGUGAUGAACUACCUGGUGACAGAGGGCUAUCAGGAGGCCGCCAAGCGGUUCAUGACCGAGGCGGCCGUGGCGCCGGGACCCCACAUGAACUCCAUUGGGGAUCGCUUGAGGAUCCAGGAUGCGGUGCGGGUGGGUCAGGUCAAGUACGCCAUGGACCUGGCCACGCGGAUUUACCCGCGCCUCUUCGAGACCGACAACUAUGUGUUUUUCCACAUGCAACAGUUGCGUCUGAUCGAGAUGAUCCGGGACCAGAAGAUGGAGAAGGCCCUGAAGUUCGCCCAGAGCAAGGCUGCGGGGUUCUCGAAGGUCGACCCAAGGCACUUCCACGAGGUGGAGCGCACCAUGGGGCUGCUGUCCUUCGACCGGCCGGAGUACAGUCCCUAUGGGGAACUGAUGUACUAUUCCUACCGCCAGAAGGUCGCUGGUGAAAUAAACGCGGCCAUGCUCCGCUGCCAGGAGAUGGAGGACGGCAAGGGCAAGGACGAGCCCAUGGAGCCGCGGAUGAUGUUCCUCAUCAAGCUGAUCCUCUGGGCCCAGGCCAAGCUGGAUCGUGAGGGCUGCACCGACUUCCAGAAGGUCGACCUGGGCCACGGCGACUUCGAGGAGGAGUUCCGCCGGAGCUUCCAGGGCUUCUAAGGCGAUGAACACACAAUAAUUGUCCAACGAUCGGUCGGCGUCUACUGCGAGACUAUAUGAUGUAUUUUUUUUUAGCAAAUCUACACACAUAAAAGUAUUUUUUUUGAACCUACAAUACGAAUGUCAUUUUUUUUGAGUGGAUGUUGAAUAUUAAAUAUUUCCAUAUCUUGAUGUAA